UAAGAUAAGGUUUAGCCUGCCAAUCAAAGCAAAAUUGAUCACGGGGUAUACCCGAUGGCAUCGUGUAUUAUUGACAAUUUAAUAUAAAAAAACGAGUAUUUGAAGACGGGAAUGGCACUAAUAAUGUCGGCUUUAAAUGUGACAGUCGUUUGUUUAGUAUUAAUCGGACAGGUAUUGACUAGGGAAAUUCUGGUCCAGAACUGCAUUCAUGACCACGACAAAAACACGUGUUCGGACGGCUACUGCUGCGUACGGGACGAGUUCCUGUCGACGCGAACCUACUGCCGGCAGUUCGGUCAGGCAAGCGCGCCGUGCAGCACACAACCGACCGAUUACGAGUGCCCGUGUGCACCGGGCUACCGGUGCGCUACUGACGCCGAGGGACAUAUAACGUCUUUGUUUGGACGAUGCUACGCGAUUCCAGAGAACACGACCACCGCGCCAACCACUCCUAGCACUACAACGUCCACUACUCCCACAAGCCCGACUACUGUGUCAACAACAACUACGACGACAACAACAACAACGACGCCCACUCUUACAGCGCCAUCGUCGACAACAAUAAACACAACAACAGCUUCUACAACACCCGUCCUUACUACUACAACUACGGAAUUACCAACGACUUCGGUUUCGACAAAUACCACUUUUUCAACUCAAAUGCUCACAACAACAACACUUAAUGUGCCGACGAAAGCUGUCAUAAUCGAAGACUUUGCACCGGAAACAAAUCAAAAUUCGUUUGCUUCGACCGGAAGUGAAGUCGUUAACCAGAAAUCAAGCGAUCCCCUAAAUAUAAUCGUUCCGAUUGGAUGAUGUCUUUUAAAGAACGAAAAAAAAAAACAUGUUGAAAGAAGAUCAUUAUUGUUAUUUAAUGUUGUUAUGUUUUCACGCGAGAAUCAAGAAAUAUUGCUAUAGCAAAUUCUUGAAUCUUAAAAACUGUUUCAACGAUAAAUGUAUUACGAACAUGUAAAUACAUUUUGAUAUUUUGUUACGAUUAAACGUUGUUCGUGUCUGUAUAAGUGCUCAGGUGAGCUACUUUGAUCAGCCAAAGUCAGGCGUGCGUCGUCGUGCGACGUGUGGUCUAUAGAAACUACGAUUUAAGUCCAAUAUUGACGAAACUUUGUCUGAAUGUUUUUGUGAACGAUGUCGAGUUUGAAUCCGACUCACAUGCGUCUGAAAACUAGGUCACCUGGUCAAAUUUCAGAAAACCUUUUUUACAACAACAGAAGAAACUUUUACAUUAUUUGAUAGGCGGAAUUAAAAGCUGUGUCAAGUGCGUCCAAAAACAACGCCACCAGGUCAAAUAUGACCAAAACACUUGCUACCGCUCUCAAUGCCACAUUUAUGACUUAAUCUUGAUCGGAAUGUUUGUCUUGACAUUGUAUAGGCUGAUUUUUUAUUCAGGAUUUAGAGCAUCCAAAAACAACGUCAUUAGGUCAAAUGUGACAAAACAACAACAAUCUGGAGGCCACAUUUCGGAAGUCUUGACAUAAUCUUGGCCAAGUUCGCACUUUGGUCAUAUGCAUAAAAAACUAUUAGAAAUAUAUUGUAACCACUCUCGAGGCCACUUUUUGACUCAUUCUUGAUGAAACUUGUACAAAGUGUUUAUUGAGCCCAAUUUCGAAUCUGACUAAAAUGCGCCUAAAACAAAAUCAUCAGAUCGAAUGAGUUUUCAUUUAAUCGUAUUCUCUUAAAUACAAAUAUAAUAUAUAAAAAACAUACAAUUGUUGACUUUAUAAUUUGACAUUGAACCUUCAUUGUAACAUAAUGUUGCAUUUUUGGUAUAAAAUUUGUUAAUAAUGACUCGAUCACGACUGUAAAAAAAUGCCGCGAAUGUGGUUCCUUAGGUCAAUCUAAAUGCAAGCAAAAUUUAGAAUGACAAUGUGGUUAAAAGUAAAUUGAUAAAAAAUUUCUACCCAUUAUAACACUUACCGAAUCAAACUCCACGCAGCGGUCUCCCCACAGCUAUUGGUGAUAACCACUUCCAUCACAAGAAAAUUCUUCCAGAUCUGGAAGCAUUUUUAUUUUUUGUUGUUUAUGUAUUGUAUUAUGAAAAGUAGUGUAAUGAUAUUAUAUAUUUUAAAAAUAAUGUAUAUGUUUAGGUUCAUAAUAUUUUUUUUUAAACUUAAAAAGUAAACACAUAUUUAGACGCCAUUAUUGUACCACGUGGCUCGGCUAUCAUCACGUGGUUUGUGAAAAUCAUUUUUCUCUUUUUUGUGUUAUCCUUGGUAUUGUGUGUGCAUUCCAUGGUUUACUAUGUAUAUUGCUGUGAUAAUAUAUUUCAUGUUGUCUGCAUUAUGUAGUAACUAUGUUAUGUUCAUAUUUUUACAAAAUAAAAUCAAUCAAGCAA